GGGGGUGGGGGAGGUGGGAAGGACGCAGUAGCAACAGCAGCCUCGACUGAGCCCCCGCGAAUGGGCGUCGCGGGCCAGCGCCUUCCAAUUGCAGCGCAGAGCCCACUGCAGCAGGGAGAGAGAGCGCGGAAAGCGGCGCCUUCUCGCUCCACCCUCCUCACUCCGGGGUGGAUUAAACUGCAGCAACGGCAGGGAGGGGAGGCAGAGAGAGCGACGUCCGCAAAGCCACAGGUCCCGCGCGAACGAGGUGUAAGAGUUCUAAUGGCUGGAAACAGAGGAAGAGGACGUGCUUCUUUUACCUUUAACAUCGAGUCUAUUGGUUUUGCUAGAGGUGAAAAGUUACCUGAUGUGGUAUUGAAACCUCCACCGCUAUAUCCUGACACAGAUUAUAAGCCAGUGCCUCUCAAAGCAGGAGAAGCAGAAGAAUACAUGCUCGCCUUAAAACAGGAGUUUAGAGCCACCAUGAAAAGAACGCCUUAUUUUAUGGACACAGAGGAAGAAAAACAAGAAAUUGAAAGAUAUAGUAAAAGAUAUCUGAAAAGUUUCAAAGACGAUUUGGAAUGGGUACCAGAUUGGAGAAGACUCCCAAGGGAGAUGAUGCCAAGGAAAAAGAUGACAAAAGCAGGCCCGAAACGUCAGAGGACAAAAGGUACAGCCAAAGUUGCUACACUCAUGAGUACUGUGGAUGUAUUGAAAAAAAUUGAGGACUUGGAAAAGAAAGGUGAUGAAGAAAAAUCAGAUGAGGAAACUGAUGAGAAAGAAGGAGGCAAAGGGAAAAGGAAAGAUGACGAUGAUGAAGAUGAUGAAGCAGCUGAUGAACAAGAAGAAUAUGAUGAAGAAGAGCAGGAAGAGGAAAAUGAUUAUAUCAAUUCUUACUUUGACAAUGGAGAUGAUUUUGGCGCAGAGAGUGAUGACGACAUGGAUGAAGCAACAUACUAGUGAUAAUCGUUCAGAUUAUUUUUGUUUAUUAUAUGGCCUCUGAAUACUUAAGCAAACUUAUUACCUCUUUUGUUUCUGAUGAGAAAUGAGUAAGUAUUGUAUUCUUGUUCACUAUCCUGUGAACAGUUAUUACUUAACAAUUCCAAAGUCACUUUGAGUUUACAGAUUUGUUACAGUUUACAUGUUAGUUUGCAGGGCUUUUCUAUAAAAAAUGCCUUUGCCUCAACCAUAUUCAAAUGAAUUUUGCAAUUACUGUUUUGGUUUGAAUGUGCCUAAAGCCUACAAAUUAAUACUUGAACCAAGCUGCUCUUGUUUUUAACUGCUGAGAUUUUGAAGAAUUUAUUGGUCUUCAUAAUGGAAACUGAUCUUACAUUGCACAUGGAGCACUUUAAAAACAAAGAAACUUGAAAGUAGUUAUUUUUGACCCUCCUGCAUCUAGACUGAUGACUUUGUGCCCUUCUGGGCAACUUCCAAGUUAGCUUUAAAGUUAGCAUGAAUUUUGUACAAGGAAGCAAGUGAAAGACUGAAUUUUUGAAGUUCCCAACCUCAGUCAGAUGAAAUGAAAGAACCUUGAGUGACAUAAAGAUACCAGAGAACUGCUUUAUACAUGAUACUGCAGGAGAUGUCUUAGGCUAAUAGUAAUUUUAUAAUUCUCAUCCAUGAAUAGUUGGAUCUAGAAAAAAAAAUCAGGCUAUUUUAAGAAACAGUGUUUGGUAUUAUAUGUGUAGGAAUAUGAAAGGGUAACUCCAUAUAAUAACGCACCUAGGUGUGAAUGGGUAAACCGCCAUGCAGGUGUUGAUUCUUUGAGGUAAAAUAAGGUCUAUUGAACACUGUAUAGAACAUAUAAGCUGUAAAAUUCUGUUUGUUUACAUAAUGAUAUUGAAUAAAGCUCAGGAUAUCUUGAAAGUAAAACCUUUUUUAGUAGAGCAGCAAAAGCUAACCCUUCUGCCUUCUUUUAAAUCAAGUUUUAUGGAAAUUUCUUUGAAACCUCCAGAAUCUGAAGACAUUAUUGUCCUAUGAGGACAGUAAUAUCCUGUUUAGUGGUGGUUUUUACACCUUCAGAAUAAUCUGUGAAAAGUAUUAUUGGAUAGAUAAAAGCAGGGGCUUUAAGGAGUCUGUCUCUCUGACCAGAUUCAGUUAACACCUCGAGUCUUUUUUUAGAAACCUGUUGUAGAAAUCUUGGACACUCACAAAACAUUCUCAGAAAUACUAAUGUCCGAGUCCAAUAACUUUGGAACAUUAAGGCCCUCAUUCCCAAAGACUAUGGUCUUUCUCUUUAAAAAUAAAACCAAAAAAACCGGAAUCUUCUCCCCUCACCCCCAUCCACCACUCCCUAUCCCUCUCUUUAUUACCUAACAACAUUUACUAGUCCUGGAGUCUGAAGACCCAGGUUCUAUUUCUACCUGAACUGUUUGAUCCACUAAGGAUAGUGAGUAGUUCACUUAAAUCUUUUUUUCUACCUUACUAUGUACAUUAGUAAAAUAGGAAAAAAUUCCUAGGAAUCAAUCAAUAACCAAACAUUUAUUAAGUGCCUGCUUUGUACCAGGUGCUGAUCACACUAAGAUAAAAUGGUCCCUGCCCUCUAAAAGCUCAUAUUCUAUAUGAAAGAUUCUACCCAAAUCAUAGGGUAAAACUGCUUGAGCUGGAAGGGAAUUUGGAAGCCACUGUCUAAUUCAAUCCCCUCAUUUGACAGAUGAGGAAAUUCAGUUCCAAGGAAAUAAGUGACUUUGCCCCAGGUCCUCAUGGGCUGUAAGCAAAGCAGAUGGAAUUUGACUGGAAGUCCUUUGAACUCAUUUCACUGCACCAAGUAUCUUUUAGAAAUUUUUUUAAAUUGCAUUUUUAUAACCUCUACUAAUAAAAAUAGAAUGCAGUUGGAAAUAAAUCAUUUAAUUUUCUAUCUUUUAAAGGUCAAAUGAUGUCUGUGAAAAAAAAAUUAUGAUAUAUUCCUCUCAAUGCAAUGUGUUUCGAUUCUAAGCUCUUUCCUUUUUUCUGAUUGAGGAAAUUUAUAGGGACUAGUCUACCUGCAUUUUUCUGAGGAUUUAGACAUCACUUCCUCUGGAAAUAGAACGCUGGUUAUCCCUGGGCAGCAUCUUUUGAUGUGGAAAUGAUGGCCAUUGUUAAUAAGAGGUGGUGAUUACCAGCUAAUCUCUUCAAGUUUAAAGGAUUUUAUGGAAUUAGAAAAUAAUUAUUUUCAAAUUCAAAUCACCCCUUUUUUCCAUAUAGAAAGUUUCCUUUUGCUAGUUGUGAUUCACUGCCUUUGAAAUUGGACCAUUCCUGUAAAGUCAAUUAAAACUUAUUUUUAAGGCCAGAGAUGUUUAACCAAGGAAAAUCUUAAGUGAACCAUGAUAGGGUCCUUCAAGCCUUGGAAGGGCUCUUUGUCACUGUAAAAGGGAUUAGACUUGUUCUUGGCCCCAGAUGGCUGUCCUAGGAGCAGUAAAUAGUUCUAAAACCUUCCUAAUGAUUUGAGUCAUCCAAAAAUAAAAUAGGCUGUCUCCAAAGAAUAGGCUGCCCAGAGGUCCUCUAGCAGACACUGAAUGACUGCUUGCCGGGUUUGUUGUCAAGAGGAUAUUUAUUCAGGUCUCAUUUGAACUAGAUAGUGUUUAAGAUCUCUUCUAACUCUGAGAUUCUGUGAUGUUUAGGUUUUGGUUUUGUGGGGCAAUGAGGGUUAAGUGACUUGCCCAGGGUCAAACAG